GCAUGGAAGCCAUCAUGUCGCAGUUCUUCAACGACACCACCACGGCCUUCUACAUCAUCCUGAUUGUGUGGUUGGCCGACCAGUACGACGCCAUCUGCUGCCACACCAACACCAGCAAGAGGCACUGGCUGAGGUUUUUCUACCUGUACCAUUUUGCUUUCUACGCCUACCAUUACCGAUUCAACGGGCAGUACAGCAGCUUAGCUCUGGUGACCUCGUGGCUUUUCAUACAGCAUUCCAUGAUCUACUUCUUCCAUCACUACGAACUGCCGGCCAUCCUGCAGCAGAUCCGGAUCCAAGAGAUGCUCCUCCAGAACCAGCAAGUGGGCACGCAGACCACCCUCCAGGACAAUCUCAACAACAACACGACAGUCGCCCCCACCGAGCUGGGGAGCAGGCCGCCCUUGCUGCCCGCGGGCCCCGCCGGAGAAGGGGGCAGCCCCCUGGCAUCCGGGGAGGGCCACACCACGGCCGCUAGCGCCUCUCUGGGGGGCAACGGGAACUGGGUGGCAGAGACGGCGGCCGUCAUCACCGAAGCCGCCUUCCUCUCCAACUUGAGCGCCUCCCUUUUGGACGCGAGCACCGUGCCCAGUGCCAGGGCCGGCGGGGGUUCACAGGACUUGGCAGCGGCUGCCUCAAAUGCGGCGGCCCUGAUCCUGGUUAGUGGUGAUCCUACGGAGACUCCCACGGGGUCUCUUGCCACGGAGGCUACUGCUCCACCAGCCGUGGCGGCCUCGACAGUCGAGACGUCUUCCGCAGAGCAGGUGCCCACCGCUUCUCCCCUUCCUCCGUCUCACGAGGGUGCCCCCGGGGCCCUGCCCGAGGGCUCGGGGGACCACGCCAAGUCUCAGGGCACAGACUGCACGGCAGGCCCCGGCCCAUUCAGCUCUGCUUUCCUGAGGCCGAAGGAAGGCCCGGGGGAGGCGGACUCAUGCCCAGCGCGGCCGGACAAUAUGCCCUCCUCGACACCGGAAUCCAGCCGCCGCUCUUGAGCCGCUGCCGCCAUGGCCUCCAGCAGCCAGAUGUUUCUCCCGUUCUCGUCGCUGGCCCCUUUGCCCACGUCUGCUUGCACCCACAAUCCCUCUGGAUGGGAGAAGCCGGAGUGCAAGAGAUCCCCCCCCCGGGGUAUAAUCUGCCCUUGGAGAAAAAUAUGAAUGAAAACCGUGGGGGGGUGGGGU